UCACUCCACUUCAACUCCGCAGAAGAAGAAGAGAAGGCGGAAGUAGCGGAGCAGCGUCUCUUAGCUUCGUGCUAAGUCCAUCGACUCAGAGGCAUGUCUACGGCCUCCAAGGUGGUUCUGACGAUUUCUGUGGUUCUGACUGUCAGCUCGGUGGCCGGGGUCCACCUCAAGCAGGCCUGGGACCGGGAGCGUCUGCGUGAGGGCGUCCUGCGGGAUCUGGACCGGCUGCAGCGGAAGCAGCAGAACCUGCUGGAGGAGCAGAAGGUUCUGACCCGGCAGCUGGAGGAGGAGAGGCGGGGCCAGGAGGCCAGGCUCCGCCCACAGGACACCUGAGCCAGGUGUCUCUCUUCCAGGCGAUGGACGGCGGCGGCGCGACGGAGGGGCUGGAGGAGGGGGAGGUGGAGGGAGAGACGCUGCUGAUUGUGGAGUCGGAGGACCAGGAGGACC